GCGCACUGAAUGAAGUUAGUCAUCCUCCAACAGCAGUAACUUCGCGAGAUACCAAGAAACAACUUCUGACUUGAUAAUUUUUUUUUCUUAACUAUUCGUUUGUGAUGAGUGGAUUAUUUAUGAAAUACUUCUGGGAGGUGGCAGCCUUUUCUGUCCUUCUGGCCCCGGCACUGUGUUCGCCCUUGCUGGCACAAGAGCCAAUUCGCUGUGCCCCUUGCACGCCAGAGAGGCUGCUGGAAUGCCCGGCGGUCGCGCCGGAAUGUGAGGAGGUUCUCCGGGAACCGGGUUGCGGGUGCUGCCUCGCCUGCGCUCUGAAGAGCGGGGACUCCUGCGGAAUCUACACGGCGCACUGUGGGACCGGCUUGCGCUGCACACCGAGACCCGGGGACGCCCGGCCCCUUCAUUCACUUACCCGGGGGCAAGCUAUCUGUGUGGAAGUCUCCGAGGCUCAGCAAAGCCAAGCACCUCAAAGUCCAGACCAGGGUGAGUUAGACGCAGAAACCAGGAACGGCGCCGCCACACCUGACCAAGUACCAAUCUACCUCCCCGGAAAUAACAAGCCCUUCGAUCCAAAGGCUGCCGCGGAUGCGCAGGACAGCAUGAAAGCCAGAUUCAACGCCAUCCGCAAGAAACUCGUGGAGCCGGGCCCCUGUCACGUCGAGCUGCAGAGAGCUUUGGAGAAGAUAGCCAAAUCGCAGCAGAAGCCAGGAGACAAGCUAACCAAAUUCUACCUGCCCAACUGCGACAAGCUCGGUUUCUACAAGGCCAAACAGUGUGAGUCUUCACUGGAGGGCCAGAGGGGCCGGUGUUGGUGUGUCUCUUCCUGGAACGGGAAGAGGAUCCUCGGAUCCAGCGAUCUUACAGGAGACUCAGAGUGCCAACAAGAGCUCACACACUGACAGCACACACACACACACACACACACACACACACACACUCACACACUUACCUGCAGACGCCUACACGCACAGGCACUCUCACCUUCGCAUGCACCACAGGAUCGUCUUUUGAUACCUUAUUUAUUUAAUGUGCAUCUUUGAUUCAGGUACACUGUCUUUGAUUGUUAACACUGUGGUUCCCAGAAAUGAAAGAAAGAAAACUUAUUUUUUCUGAAAGAAAAAAAAAAAUCUAAAUGUAUUUACAUGAACUAUAUAGCCAUAUUUAUUUAAACUUUAUGUAAACAUUCUAGUAUUUAAUAUUUGUAAUUAUUUUAAGGAUAUUUAUAUACAUGUUUGCUUUAUUAUUUUUUUGUAUGGAUGUAUGUAUGAAAAGUGUGUAUUUUUGGAUUCUGAUUGAAUAACUCCAGGAGUGGGCACACCUCAUCCUGCCCCAACUCCAGGUCCUUUAACUCUUCCCCUCCAAUGAAUGAAUACAGACCCUGAUAACUGCAUGCAGCAAACUCAGAUUCAGUGGAGUGGAGUGUUUGUGUUAUACUGUGUAAACGUGCUGAAAGAGCUGAGCAUUUAUGUGUGUAUGCACCAAUGAAAAACAUAUACAUACGUUUUUAAUUUUAUUUUUUGCAAUGAACUUACUAUCUCUUCAUCGACCCUGUGCCACUUCAGAAAGGUGCAGGACUGGUGACCCUAGACUUUGACGUUAACUCUCCAGCGGGUAUAUUGACUAUUACCUACCUCUGUUUUAGAUUUUAUUUGAACUUUUUUUUUUUUUUUUUUGUUUCUGUCUGACCCUGUUAAGAACUCUUUUUCUAGCUGUACGAAGAAAAGCACUCGAUGGGUUUGUGAGCAUGUGUGUCUUUGUGACGAGGUGAAGAGCCCGGGUCUGGCGUAGCGUCAGCCCGGUCGCUGCUGAGCUGUCUCUGCGCAGUGCGUACCACUGUGUGUCCCUUCCCCUAUGCAGUUCUGUUUGUUACUGACUGCUUCACUAAGAGUGCUGCUAUUUAUGUUGUUGUUGUUGUUGUUGUUGUUGUUGUAUUCCAAAAAGCAACUAUCCAAUCACCUGUAUGUAUACUUUUGUAAUUACAACAUAUUGUAAAUAUAUAUAUAUAUACUGUAUAUACAUACAUGCAUAUAUAUUUAAUAAAUCUAUACACCUGA